UUGGAGCAGUUGAGUGUCACUUUUCCCCCUGAAGAAGCUGAAGCAGCCUUCACCGUGGACCACGUCUGUCGCAUCACGACGAGCUGACACUGCGAGGUGCAAACUUUGAAUGUGCGAAACAAACUCGAGGGCAUCAAAACAAAACAGCCAUGGGCAUCGUGACCAAAGGCCGGAGAGCGGAGGAGCUGUGAAGGCAAGAUAGACGGUGGAAGGAGGUGAAGGCCGAGAGGAGAUGUCGAGCAGGAGCGGAGGAGCUGCCCGGGGGAGCCUGCUGCCUCUCAGAGCCACCGUGCCGUACCAGCUCCAGAGCGGCCCGCUUCUGCUCAGCAGGGAGCUCAAGACGGCAGCCGACCGCACGGCCGCCCGCCCACCGAAGCCGACCAUCCGUCGCGCCCUCUCCCUGGAUGGCAUCGUGGGCCCGUACCUGCAGGGACAGUGGCCCAAAGAAGCAGAGCCCCCGAGAGUGACGUGUGUCAACGACAAGGCCACGCAGACACCGAGCUCUUGGGCGGAGGAGGGUCAAGGAAGAAGGGGCCUCGGCGGUCACAAGCGCUCGGCAUCAUGGGGCAGCGCUGAGCACCUGAGAGAGGUGGCCAAACUACGGCAGCAGCUGCAGAAGCGGUCGCGGCACGCUGCCCCCUCAGGGGGAUUUGAGCCACCGCAUGACACUUCAACUGGACAAGCAGCAGGAGCCACCCAGACGAGGAUCCCUCUGAACCAACUCACCCCUCGACUGCGACGGAGCGUGGAGGGAUUGAACCUGGAGCUGGAGGAAGUGUUUGUGUCCGAGAAGCCAGACGAUCAGCAGGAGAUCUUGGAUAUCCCAGACGGCCACAGAGCGCCGGGCCCUGUCCAGAGAUGCAGCAGCGGGUCACAGAGCGAGCCCUCCCCAGGACCACUGGACCCGUCCCUCCUCUCGCCAUCUGAGUCACCAUGUCCCCUGGAGCCGUUGCUGCUGUCGCCACCAGACUCGCCCUCUCCGCUGAAUUCCCUGUCUCCGUUUCAGUCUCCUUGCCGCAUGGUUGAACCAGAUGCAGGCAGAUGUGAGGUUCUGUGUCUGUCUCCGUCUUCCUUGUUGCCUUCUACAGCGCCACCACGACCCAACAAGACCUUCCAACGUGAGCCGCCUGAGGGCUGUGAGCGGGUCAGAGUGUGCGAGGAGACGAUGUGUGCCGGCCAGGAUGAGCCCCUCCUGCAGCCUUCUUGUCCAGACUUAAACAAAGUCAACUUCACUCCCCACGGGGGCUCUGCCUUCUGCCCCGUCAGUCUGCUGAAGCCCCUCCUGCCUUCCAUGGACCUUCUCUUCCGGGGACUGACGGUGUCCCCGGUCACCGGUGCUCCGGGUCAAGCCUCUCCGACACGACACCUGAGCAUGCAGUAGGUCAGCAGGACCCAACACUGCCAAGACGCCUUGAGAAAACGGAAAUUGCUGUCGAUAGUGACAGAAGAAGAACUUUGAGACAAGAAGGGACAAUAUUGAGACGCCUCCUGCUUCAUGGAUUUGAAGCCAGGGGGCGCUGGCAGCUGAUCACAACUCUCUUGGCAUCUGAAGUGACUGGAUAAGCUGAAGUUGUUACGAUUAUCAGGUGCUAGUUUUUGACCGUUAGUCUGAUAGAUGCUUUUAUUUUGAAAUGUCAACCAAUUGUCCUUUAAAAUGCUAUGAGAAGCAUUGAGUUUCUUUAGACUGUACGAGUGACAAAAAAGUGUUCAAGAAGGCAAAGUUUCAGUUUGCCAUACGUGUUUCUCAGGCUUUUCUACUCAUUUGUUUUGGGAAGAUGUUUAUUUUUGUAUCUUCACUGACGUGCUAUAUUUUUCUAUUGAGAAAAGAAACGCUUCCAGAGGAAUUUACUUUUGGGCAGGUUUGGCCAGAUGUUGCUCUCUCAAAAUGUUGAUGAUUAAAAACUCACUGACAAACGGUCUGUCAGUACUGUGUGGCUCAGAAUGUUUGUUUAUUGGAAUGAGUGGAC